CGGAGAAGAGACUUCACUUGAGUCACUCUCAGAGAGUGAGAGGCAGAGGAGCCUGAGCAUCCUUGCUGCGCACCCCCCACGGCGUUUCCACCCUCCCCAGAGUAUCCACCAGAACGGCGUGUUUCCAUAGGACCCCAGACACAGUGACCCUGCCACAUCUCUCUCCCCAUCCAUCCAGCAUGAUCUUCAGCACCGCUGUGGUUCUGGGGGCCACUCUGGGCAGCCUGUCUGGUGUGCUUACUCUCUGCUGGCUCUCGUACCUUUGCAAGUCCUGCAGGAAAAGCCAGCUGGAGCAGGACAGCGAGCCGGACCCAGAGAAGGUGACACGCAGCAUCCUGCAGUCUGCUCACCAGUUUAUUGUUAAAAAAUCAACAGAGUCCAUCCAGCCACGGACAUUGCUGAAAUUCCCCAAACUUUACAAGCCCAAGCCAUCUGUCACCUCCCCAGAGGUGAUCACUUAUCCCAGUUACACUGUGAAGACAAAAGAGAAGCCACUGGCAGAAACACCUGCCUCUGCCUGGCCUGACUCUGGUAACCUAGCAACAGAAGGAUCUGAGGAAGUCUUCCUCAUGCCUAAGCAAGAUUCCACUGAUGACACCCCCUCAGCUACAGAGCUGAACCCUGAUUUGACAAAAAGCUCCUCUACGCUCCGUCCUAAACUGCACUUCUCCCUCACCUACAACUCUGAGAGGAAGGAAUUGCAGGUCACCAUCAUAGAAACGGAGCAUGUGGCAGCAGGGCUGGGCCUUGAAGGCUACGUACUGGGCCGCCUCCACACACCGGCAGAGCUGACAGAGGUCCGCACAGCACCUCGACGACUGACUGAGCAUAUCUGCUGGGCUGAAAGCCUGGCCUUCCCCCUGCCUGGCGGCUACAAGACGGAGGGUGAAGUGGCUUUGUCCCUGCGCAGUUUGGACUGCUUCUCCCAGGAUGUGGACCUGGGGGACAUGAGGUUCAAGUUGGCUGAUGUGGCUAUGAUGUCAGACGCCGACUGCUGGGUCGAACUACAGCCCCCGAAACAGAACACAAGCUCCUCCGUGGGGGAGAUCCUGUUAUCCAUCAGUUACCUCCCCGCAGCCAACCGCCUGGGUGUGGUGGUCAUGAAGGCCAGGGAUCUGCAGUCACACAAACUGAAGGACAUCAUUGACUUAUCAGUGAAACUGACCUUGAAGCACCAGACCACCAAGCUAAAGAAGAAGCAGACACGGCAGGUGAAGCACAAGAUGAACCCAGUCUGGAAUGAGAUGAUGAUGCUGGAGGUCCCCCUUGAGCUACUGGCCAAAUCCAGUGUGGAGCUGGAAGUUCUCAAUCAAGUGAGCCCGGGGACCCUGGACACCCUUGGCCACUGCCAGCUGGGCUUGCAGGCCCACAACACUGGUCUUCAGCACUGGCAGCAGAUGCUUGAGAACCCUCGCAAGCAGUUAGCCAUGUGGCACCCCCUCCACGUUUGAGGUCCCGGCCCAGGCUGAUUCCCUCCACUUUUCCUGACCACCAAAACCAACAGAAUCGGGUGCUCUCCCUUCACAUUCAGUCUGACUCUCUUCAGUUAGUUGGAUUUUAUGGAUUAAUGCUCUGCACAGAAAUAAUUAUUUGCUAUUGAUGGAUAGAGAUGCCAAAUUUAACAAAUUUAACAUGUCUUGGCCCGAUAGCAGCCUGUUCAGGGUGUCCCUUCCCUGCUCUGUAUCUUCUGCCAGGGAACCUAGGCUCAAUGUGAGCCUGUGCUGGAUGUAUGGCUGGAUAUGCUGGUCCCAGUCACUCUCCAUUGAGAGUAAAUGGAAAGUGUUACAGUUACAGUGUAGCCAAAAAUGAUUGGUAUAAUGUGAAAAAUGGUCAAAAAUGGAAAUGAUAUUGAAGAACAAAUUUUAAACAAUUAUGCGUGUUAAGGAAAGAAACAAGAAAAACUUUUAUCCAAAACAUAUUCUGGAAUUGUUCUGGAAUUCCAAUUCUGGAAUUGGCCAUUCAUAGAGUUGAAUGAAUAUGUUACAAUGGGAAUGUUACAAAGUUCCCAGUCAUAAAAGAGAUCAUUUAACACAACCCAUAACAGCAGGUGUUCCAAAUAGGCAGGUAAUUGGGUGCCCUUAGUUUCUACAAGUAGCCCUGGUGGUCAUUUGUAGGGUUAGUUGAGUUUCCCAAAAUGGUCUAACAGGUUUACUAGUUUUGCAUUUUGGUAGCAUAAAGUGAUACCUGGACCCUACAGAGGUUGCAGAGGUAGUGCAAGGAUCCUCCCCUAGGAUGGCGCAGCUAUACAUGGGGUGGUAGAUGUUAUCCAACAGGGAUGACAGCUUAGCCACCAUUCUCCUGUCACUCACACCCUCCACCGGGUCCAGAGGGCAUCCUAGAACAGAGCUGGCCCUCCAGAUCAGCCUGCUCAGUCUCUUUCUGUCCCCAGCAGAGAUGCUGCUGCCCCAGCAGACCACACCAUAAAAUAUUGGCAUGUGUCAUAGAAUACCUCGAAUUGGCAAGUCCGCCACUGACGCCCUGUGCUUUUCACAGAUGAGAGCAGGUUCAUCCUGAGCACAUGUGACAGACGUGAAAGGGUCUGGAGAAGCCGUGGAGAAUGCUAUGCUGCCUAUAACAUUGUUCAGCAUGACUGGUUUGGUGGUGGGUCAGUGAUGGUCUGGGGUGGCAUACCCAUGGAGGGAUGCACAGACCUCUACAGGCUAGACAAUGGCAUCUUGACUGCCAUUAGGUAUUGCCAUUGGGAUGAUGGGAUCCUUAGACCCAUUGUCAGAACUUACGCUAAUGCAGUGGGAUUUUCGGGGAUUCUUUGAGGUCAGCCCUGUAGAUUGAUAAUUUUAAUUUCCAUCAAACAAAGUGGCAUCCGUUUGUUCCUAACAUGUUACCCAGUCCAUAUUAGGAUUGUAUAGCUAUCGAGCAUCAUUUCUUUCCCAGUGAGAUCUAAUGUGUUUAAUUUUUUUGAGCAGUGUAUAUUUAAUAUGGGGUAAAAAAGGACAAGCAGAAUAAACUGAGAUGUAAACUCUUUAUAUCUCACUUCAUAAUGGUUUAUAAGCCUAUAUGAAAUUCUGCCUCUGCAGUCAAUGUGCUCUACAUUAGAAAAGAAUGUGCGUUUGAAAGCGACAUAAUGAUGACGUGUUUCUGAGUGAUACCAAUCAUUUAAUUUACUACUGAAUAUUCCAUUUGAUAAAUUCAGUAUUUACUGAUAACAUUCAGUUUCCAUUUCUCCAUUACAACAGAGUUUUUGUCUAACUCCUAAUUGGUGAAAAAAAUGGGUAUUUUUUGCCUGUUUACCCAUUGUGGACGUGCAACGUCAGCUGACAGGAAACCAUCAUGCUUAUGAAAAAAUAUGCAGAUCUUGAUACCAGGAGCAUCUCUUAGUGCAAAACAAUUAGCUUAAUUCCAUUCGCUAUGAAAAAAUAUAUAUUUGGACAAAUAUCCACAUUCAAUGCACAACUACCAUACUAUGUCAUAUCUAUCAAGGAGUCAGAGUAUGUGAUGUGAUCCUAUUUUGAAUUAAUACUGUUAUACGGCAGCUACAGUUUUACAAACUAUUAUUCAAAUGUGUAGCUUGUGAUAGCUGCCAGAAAGGCUGGUUUACUGGUAAACUGUGAGCAUGUAGGUCUCAUGCUGAAAAUAUACAGUGUUAUUGCAAACCUUCAAAACUCACCGCCAAUUCUAAGCUCAUAUCUAUGACAAUAUAUGUGUGGAUUUUAUUAUGAUAGGGUACCAUGGGAUCUGUAUUUGUUCCUUUCAAAAUAGGUUGUGACUGACAGAUGGUGUUAGAAUGAUGUCUGCAGAGGUGUCUGCGGCACAGAUCCUUCCUUACUGAGUGAAGAAGCUUCUCAGGAGGUUUUUUUCUAAAAAGCCAGCCAGUGUAAUUCUCUGACAAACAGCAGGAAAAUCCUUUAUGGACCUUUGUAUUGACAGAGAUGGAAGUGAGUCUUGUGGAAAAGCAGAGUAUUACUGUAUAACAUUGCAAGUGUUUGACAAUGCAUCAUUUUCGAGUAAACUCUGUUUAGCAUAAACCAAUAAGUCAUUAAAUGUAGGCCAAAGCUCAUUGUAAGUGUUUUCAUCUGGAAUGUAUGACAAUUAAAAAUCAAAA